AUGUCCUCAGCACUCAGCCCACGCGAAGCCGUCGCAGACGCUCUCUAUCGCUGUAUCCUCGGCAUUGACAGCAACGAUCAUGCCCUGUUCGAGUCAGCAUGCUUGAAGGACGAGAGUAUGGCUGUCGUCGCCGGUUCUAUUACUAUCGAGGGCUGGACCGCAAUCAACGAUUUCUUUCAAAAACUCUUUUCUCUAGUCACUACACAUGCCACCAGUAACCCUCGUAUUGAGCUGAAGGACGGCGCCGAUACAGCUUUCAUGACCUGCCACGCCUUCUCGUAUCAUAUCCGGCCAGAUGAUGCAUUUCUACCAGAGGACACUUCAUAUACGGCUUCGAGUCUGUACUCUUUAGAUCUUGUUAGACACAGCGAGGAUGGAUUGUGGAGGACAAAGAAGUGGGUUAUCAACACUUUGUGGACUACAGGUGAUAUAAAGAUACUCCAUGGAUAA